CUUCCCUUCUUCUGUCUAUAAAAAUCCUUUUCUUUCCCCCAGCGAACGCACCCACUCAUCACACACAAGCUCACUCCACUAUCCAGAUUCUCCGUUUUCCUCUCCUGCCCCCCUGCGGCCCCGAUCCCCAAUUCCGUCCCGGAGAGAAGAAGCAGCCAAAAAGCCAGGAGGAAAUCAUGAGCGCCAUGGUCGCGUCGUCGCUGAACCCGGAGGCGCCGCUCUUCAUCCCGGCGGCGUUCUGGCAGGUGGAGGACUUCUCCCCGCAGUGGUGGGACCUCGUCAAGACCACCCCAUGGUUCCGCGACUACUGGUUCCACCAGCACCAGCAGCUCGACGAUAUGGCCGACUCCCUCCAAGCCUUCGAGGCCGAGGACGACGUCGCCGGCCUCCUCCCCGACGCCAUCGACGACGACCUCUUCUACGGCCAGCACCACCACACCGUCGCCCUUGAGGCAGCCCAGCCACCGGUUCCACUCAAGACUGAUGCGGUGCUCAAAGCGCUGAGCCUGGCGUCCCCCAAGGGCGGCGACGCCCUGCGCGGGUUCCAGGAGAAGCCUAGGCACUCCGAGAAGCCCACCAAGUACGCCGGCAGCCCGAGGAGCGGCGGCAGCGCACCCCGCUUCAUCCACCAGCCUCGCUAGGUUGGGAUGACAAGCUUCUUCAACAAUCGAGCAAAGCCUCCUCCUCCUGGCUGCUGCCAUAUGUUUGGUGUUUCAAGUCGUGUACUAGUAGCGGUGCUGUGCUUUGCUGCCGUCUGUAUAUUAUUAAGUAGAAAUGACCUUAAGAAAAAACGAACAACAGAAUGCAACUGUUGUUUAGUGGUUUGUUGCCUUGUAUGUUUUGUUCAGCUCAGCUCAGUGUGUGUGUAGGGAAGAUUCCUAAAAAGAAAGGGGGGAGAAGAAUGUAGUAGAGUGCACCCUUGUUAAUGUGUGUGAUGUUCCAUGGCAAGCAGCUUAAUGUUAAUUAUUUAGCAGUAUGAUUGCUGUUGGUUGUUU